AUGUCUGCUGGCGCUGGCGCGCUGACGGGGCUGUGCGCUGCCACGGUGGGUAUAGUACAGCACCAGCGGCGCGGUACGGACCAGACGAGCGAGUCUUCCUCCCCUCAACACUCGAAAGCCAAUCCGCAUUCGCCGCCUCGUAGUUCGGGAGACAAGACUCGUGGAAGUGGUAUCUCGGCGGCUCCAUCGGGCGAAGGGAAGGAGACAUCGGGAGGCCCAGCCAUGGACUUCAACGAAUACGCCGACGACGUCGCCAAUAGGGCAUUGGACCUAUACAACGACAAUGACUGGAAAGUGGCUCGGUCAGCAGAGGAAAUCUCAUUUGAGGAUUUCAAGAAAGAAAUUAAAAUCAUGUACAAGAAGUCUUCCGAAUUCGAUGGCCAUGUAUACAGAGCAGAAUGCACAAUAGAUGCCCCUCCUGAGAAGAUCAUUCAUUAUAUACUUCCAUCACCAAAGGGUCUAAGAGGGAAAUGGGACAAGAACGUCAAAGAGUCGGACGUUAUCGAAAACAUAAAUGAGAAUCUCAUCAUCGCCCGAUCAGCGACACACAGCGCCGCCAUGGGCCUGAUCGCAUCGCGGGACUUCGUUGAUCUGAUCACGGUCAGGCGCUACCCGGACCGCGGGAUCGUAGCCACCAGCUCACGGAGCGUGGAUAGGAAAGAUAGACCGCCCGUUGACGGCUUCGUGAGGGGGGUCAACUACCACGGGGGCACCUUCUGCUCCCCCGUAGAUGGGGAGAGCAACAAGACCCGUGUGGUGAACAUAGUACAAACGGAUCUCUGCGGAAUGAUCCCCCAAUCGCUGGUUGAGUCUGCACUACCAAACAAUCUCAUUGAGUUCUUUGUCGACCUGGACAAUUCGCUCAAGAAAGACUACUGAACACGCCUCGUUCGAGACUUCUUGCCAGUUUCAUUGACUUUGCAGCUAUUUAGUAGUUAUAUGGAGCAUUACACUCGGCCACAAUAUUGUUUUUUUUUAAAUAUAUAUCAUGUUUACAUAAUGCUAAACCAGUGUAUACAAAAAUGAGGGUCAUGCAUGAAAAAUGUGAGUAUUAAAGAGUAAACUUAAUAGUGACCCGCCAAGAGUUUUAAUUUCUGUAGCUUCAUCAAAUCAUUCCACAGAUCAUAGUUUAAUUAGGACAUUUUGACCAAUGGUUUAGAAACGGCUUUUGUAAACAAAUAUAUCAGUUGUAAAGUAUAUAGGGUACAUAGGGUCAAGUUUUGGAUUAAGGAAUAUUUGGUAAGACGAUGAACAAAUUAAUUUACAAUAGUCAUGAUAUACAAUGAAUUGUGUAUUCUUUUAUUAAUUCAAAUUAUAAAAGAUAUGGCACUUUGUAGGAUUUUUUUCAAUGGCAUAAUGAUAUUAAUACAUUCUUAGUUGUCAGUUAUGUGAUGGAAUGCUGAAGAAAAGUUGUACUAAAGAAAAUAACAUGUGUGAUGUUAAUACGGAAGGUACUGAUCUUUAUUUUUUCUUAACAAAUUUAACUAUUCUUUCUUAACAAAUUUUGCCAUUCUUUUGAUGAUAUAAGUUUAAUGGAGGUAGUAUGAAAGAGUAGAUAAUUAUCAAAAUGUUGAGUGGCGUUCAACGUGAAAUCAUCACAAAAUUGUGUGUAAAAAUAGUUUUAUAAUCUCAUGUUAACUUCUUAUAUGGUAAAAAUUGGAAAUGGUUUUUUAAGAAGUCUGUAAAUUUGAAUGACGGGGAUAGCUAUAAGCACCUAAUUCAUUUAAUUCUUGCAUGUCAAAGAAUGUUAUCUGUAGAACAUUGUGCAAAAAUAAAGAAGACUUGCAAAGUGACUAAUAGGAUAACUAUACAGACUCUUAGUUUUAGAUAAUGCCUCGAAUUGAUGGUUUAAAAUGCUGCAAAUUUAUUUUUUUAUUACGAUCGAAGUUAAUUGUUAACGUUAAUCAACCACAGCUAUUCGUCGUUGCUUUCUGUGUUCAAAGUUUGUCUAGUGUUUCAAUAUUUUCCCCAACAAAAACGAAGGAGAAAACAUCAAUAGAAUGUAAAUAUGUCCGAUGGAUACUGCAUUGGGUGAACUGUUUAGGAAGCUUUUCCUUCAUAAAUAAAAGUCCGAAAAUGUUUUAUCAGUAAUGUUUUUAAUGUUAAGGGAUACUGAUGUCGAACCCUAAUCCAUCGACCCGUACCCCCUUUUUAUUUUGUUGACGCCUCAAGUAAAUUUAUUCCAUUCGUUCCAUAUUGAGGCAGUAUAAACCCAACCCAGUGUAUACACUGCUGCUCAUAGAAUUAGAAUACUUUUUCUUACCUCUUUUCUUGAAAAGAUUUUAACAAGAUGAUUUAUUUUUCAGUAGAUAACGUUUGUAAAUAUCUUCUCAGGACUUAAUUGACCAAUCCAAAAGUCCUAUCUUUUAGUUUCUGAGGAGAUAUAAACUUUUUUCUACCAAGAAUUUAUCAUAUCGUCGCAAGAAAAAUUGUUUCAAUUUUAUGGGCAACAAUGGAUUUGCUCAAUUCGUUACAGUUUGUUAUCUGUGAAGAAUAUUCAUUAGGCGGUGUCAGAAACAAUUUUCCCGAUCCAUCUUGAAUUACCAAAAUAUUAGCUAUCUAGAUAAUUCACUUACAUAGAUGACAGACAGAAAUUUCCCGCGAAAAAUCCCGUUAAAUUUCUCGAUGAGGGAGAAUUUUCUUGGUUUGUUGUAGGAUUUGUUCGCGGGCAAUUGAUGACAGACUAAAUUCUAAAUUCAUGAAACGCAGAUGUGUUAAUGUUGAUCGAACCAUUACCAGUGUUCCAUUGUAAUUAGCAGUGCAUCCAAGAUAAUUAAUAAUGAAGGUGAAAGUAAAUUUGUAUUCUCUUGUUUAAUAUUAUAUGCAAAUGAAAAUGUAGAGCCUUAUUGACUUGAAGCAACUGAUGUACAUGAGUAGUACAUGAUUAAAGGGAUUACAGUAAGCCUACCGCCCCUUGCGCACGAGGCGUUAUUUCGCUGACGCAAGGCUGCGUCAGUGACUGAUGAAGUCUUUGACGUGACAUUUUAGAGUGACAUUGUACACAGAAAAAAACGCAAAAUAAACAGGCCAAAUAUUGCGUUAAAAAACUGUCGUAUUGGCCGAUUGCAUUCACAGCUUUGAUUAGCGCAUGCAAUGGCGCAAUUGAUAUGACGCCUCGUGUGCAGAGGACGCCAUACCACAUGCACCCGAGGUGUCAUAUCAAUUUAUUUCCUUCGCCAAUAAAGCCUCUUCAGAAAAGUCGUUCAUAAUUAUGCCAGUAAAUUAAUGAUCACACUUUACAUUUUGCAUUCACAUCGUAUACAACGCUACUCUCACAUGACUCGUUAAAGACUGCGCUAGUCGCUGACGCAGCCAUGAGCCAGCGUAUGACGCUUCAUGUACAAUGGUCAUAAGAGUGUUCAUGGUCGAGUGCAUGAUUUGAACAAUAACGACCAAACAAUUGUCUUGUAAUACAUGUAGAUAGAUUAAUAAUACAGCGGGUUUUUAUAUAAUGAAUAGGCUUCUACGGCGUAUGCAGGGUUAGCAUGUCAUUUGCAGGCCAAAAAGAAAUAAAACCGUGGACUCAAAAGUAAAAGGACUGAACUGGCAGUAGAUACCAUUUAAUACAGAUGAUUAUAAAAUUAAUAACUCUGUUUUGUCACAUUAGUCUGCUUGUAUGUGUUACCAUACCUGCAAACACAUUAUACUUAAUUCAUGCAUGUACUUAUCCUUAGUAUGCGCCAGCUAGAAUUAGUUUUCCUAAAGUUAGAAACGUGAUAAUCAAGUAUAUAUGGCAAAAUAUCACUUAUUAUUGUGUAUUUCCUAAUUGCACUGUAAGAUGUACAAAAUUAAUCACAUAAUUAGGUUUAUACCCUUAAAUUACUUUAUCAUAUAAUCAUAAUAUUGUCCGUUCUUGAUAUGGUUUUCAUCGCAUUUUACUCUUAGCAUUAUUUUAUUCAUUUCCUUUCAUAUUCCACUACAAUUUCUAUGAGCCCUUCACUCUUAAAUCACUUCUUCUAUCAAUCUCUUCAUCUUAUUCGAAUUCAUUUUUGUAUUGUCACAGAAAUAUGCUCUCUCACGUUUUAUGAAAACGUGUAGUUCAUUAAUUUUCUUGAUUUUUCAGUAUUGUCAUCAUGCAUCAUUGUGUAUUUACAACAUUAUUAUAAAUAUUGUACGACUACUAGCCAGUAAUAAGCGUUCAUCAAUGUUGUCUAGCUUAAAAAGCCAACUGCUAUCAUAUAACUCACUCUCGUGUUGUAAAACUUGUAUAUUAUGCUAUUGCUUAAUGUUAUGCUGGAGAAGAAAAAAAGAAAUAUGUGAGACAUAUGAAACCUUUGUGUAUAUAUGAUCCACGAACUAUUUGUAUUGUAUCUUGUUGAUUCAAGUUGCAUCAUUCGAUGUGCUUCAUAAUGUUUGUUGACCACGAUAAUAAACAAAUAUAUUGUCGAGUCGCUGAAA